AUGCUCCAACUCUCCAACUCUCAGAUCUCAGGGUACAGAUCACAUUCUCCCAGACUCCUGAGCCCUGGGUCCAGCCAUGGGCACCUCCAGCAUCUUCUUCUGCAUUCUGUUUCUUGGUGGGGCACUGGAUCUGGGCUCAGCCUCUCACCUGUCCUGUUUGCCUCUCUUCCCUGCCUGGUCUCCAUCCAUCUCACAGGUCUCACCACAUCCUCUGCCCAGGGACGGCUCCGCUGUUACACCUGCAACUUCGCCAAACCCUGCUACCCUAUUCCCACCGAGUGUCAGGAUGAUGAAGUUUGUGGCAUCAGCAUUGGUACCUCAGAGCAGAGUGAGGUCAUCCAGCGGAAAGGCUGCCUCCCAAGGGCCCAGUGCCCUCUGCAGGGCCAUGCCACCUACUGGGAGCGCUCCUACUCUCUGCAGCACCACUGCUGUGAGCAGGACCUGUGCAAUGCGGCCACCACCUUGCAGCGGCUCCCCAGCUGCCUCCUCAUCACCCUGCUCGUCCUCAUGGCCAGCUUCACCUGGGGAGGCCACCUUCUCCACUAGCCUCUCACAGACCUACAGCCGUCAACCUAGGACUCCUCUACCAUCACCAUGGCCCUGGGAACACCUGCACAGACACUUGUGAGAUUUGGCCAAGAACCUGAUUUUGUACAGUGACCUCAGAUCCCUGGUCUCAAGAGCUUCCCAGAACCCCCACAAGACCUGAUUCCUGCAGGCAUUGCUCCAGCCCCUCCUGGCCCAGAGUUCCUGCCCAGAGCCCAGCCUCAUAAAGAACACCUGUUCUAAAUCUUUGGCCUUUUCUAGAUGUCCAUUGCUGAUGUGUUCUCUCACCCCAGCCUUCUGGCAAGGCAAGUGUUUGAUGGAGCUGGGGGUCCCAGGCAAGGGGAUUGAAGGGGCAUCAGAUGUGGUGGGGAAGAGAGUUCUGUUAGGAAAGGUUAAUUUAGUAGGUCAGGAACUCAGGAAGGAGGGCUUGGGGAGCUAGGAAGAGUAUACAUAAUAAAAGUGCUGUCUUGGGAGUCCGGAAACGCCUG